AUGGAUGCACCCAAUGACCAAUCAGCAGGGCGCUCAGACCCGCCUUCGGCACCAAUUGAUACUUCCGAGCUACUUCAGGAAGCCAGUCGCAGGCUAAAUGUCGUACCUAUCCCGGGCUCUGUUGCUACGAAUAAUAUUGACGCCGUUCUCGAGGGCCACAGCCUCAUGACAACGAAACAAGCCUAUGAUCUCCUUAGAGACUUGGGUGUACCUCGCGAUGUCAUCCUUAGUAUAUCUCAAUACGGCCAGGAUCAGUCAAGAGAAGACAAUGACGGCCGAACCCAGCAACUUCCCCAGCAGGAGAAAGAUGUUCAAGAUCUCGUUUCUCUAUUGUUUCAAAAAGGGUGGGAACGAAAGUACCCCCAUUAUGUCGCCGACACAUCUCAGUCUCGACCUCCCAAUCCAAGUCUUAUGCCAAUGAUUAACCCAGUUCAUUACAACGAUCUUGACUCUAAUAUAUUGAGAUAUGCGCCUCAUCUACGCCCGGAAAACAUUAUCCCGCCAAUGGCAGGACUUUUAAGACAGAAUCCUCAGACUCUACAGGUUUCAAGGAAAUCCGAUGCCAAAGACUUCAAGGAUAGAGAUCCUAGCAUCGUGAUAGUCUAUAUUGUCGGCCCUCCGGGCUCGGGAAAAACGGAAGUCGCCAAAGCAAUAUGCGGAAGAUUUAACUUUCACUAUCUUGGUGUUGCGGAGAUUCUCCAGCAGGAGCGCGAGGAUCCUGAAAGCCCCUAUCGUGAUAUUUUGAAUGAUAUGCUUCCCAAAGGCCUUCUCGGGCCCUACAAGAUGGUUCCCUCGAUGUUGAUUUCUGAGAUAGUCAAAGAAAUGUCUCAGGGCUUCAAACAAGUUUUUGUCAUCGAUGGGUUUCCGCGAGGUCUUGACCGUGCCCAAUAUUUUGAAAGCGUCCUUCAACCAUGCGACCAGGUCAUAGAAUUCUUGUGCGACGACGAAAUUGCAUUUAAUCGGAUGAUGUCAGAUGCUAGAUCCCGGAUGAUUGAGCCUAAUCUAGAAGAACUAGCUGAAACAUUCAAUACCCGCCUCAAAAAACAUCGCAAAGAGGUUGCAAUCGUCACUCAUUAUUAUCGACAGCUUGGGAAAGUUAUGAGCGUCGAUGCAGAGGUUCCUUUUAGCAAAGUUAUGAAACAAAUGGAGCUCAAGUUGAAAGAUCUCGUCAUCGAUGGGUAUGUGGGAAACAGAAAGGAAACUGUGGACGAAAGGAACCAAAAGGCCUGGCAAGAGAUGAAAAAGAUGGUUGAACAACAGUUCAUGAACCGCGCCUACUCACUCACAGCCCUGGCAGCUAGGGAAGGGUAUGAUCCUACAAUUGAUGAUUCUGGUGCCGAUGAAGAAAUGGAUGAUGUUGAGGAAGAAGAUGAGAGGGAUAGGACAGAUGACGAAGAAAAAGAAGAAGAAGAAGAAGAAGUCGGAGCGGGUUCACUGAACCAAAAUCAGAACGAUGUUCGUUUCCAACAAGCGAGCAAGCCAGCGAUGGCUCUUCAAGUCGUCCCACCUCAUAUACCUCCUCAAACUGCCAUUUCUCGACAACCAGAUUACUCGGAAUCGCCACAGAUGAAUGAUGGUACUAAUAAAGGAAUUCAAGGCGUCCGACAAUAUUCUACUUUUAACCAAACGAAGGUUUUGGAGAAAGCCGACAAAACUCCGGAGAAUAACGGCUAUCACAUGGGCGGUAAAGCGAACGAUGGUGCUUCAUAUACUACUAAUCAUUCGUCGGAUGAACUAGAAAGUGAUAGUAGCAUGCGCACUAAGAAUGCAGGGAAGACACCAGGUCCAAAGCAGACGCAAAAUCCGAACCGAAACUCUUGGCCAUCAGGCGAACCCCUUCCACCGAAUCUCGAAGAUUUGAAGCCUUGUUCCCCUGAACGGAUAACUACCCCGACUUCAUCUAGCUUUGCCAAACGCCUAAAAUCCAUUCGGCGGAAAAUAUCAGGCACACUUUCAAGUGGUUCGGAAUCCGGUGCAUCAGCUCGCGAAAAACUCAAGGCAAAGCUCUCAUUGACUUCCUUGAGACGAAGGAAGAAGCGCGCUGAGGGCGAGGAGAGUGAGGAAGAAUCAGAGGGGUUGGGGGGGAUGAAUGCGGGUGAUAGUACCAGUUGUUAA